UGGUGUGAGAGAGAGAGAGAGAGAGAGAGAGAGUGUGUGUGUGUGUGUGUGUGUGUGUGUACAGUCCAACCUGAGCAUCUUCAUCACCUUCAUCAGCAUCUUCUCCACCAUGUUCCCACAUCACCUGAGCCUCUGCGUCCUGCUGCUGCUGCCGCCGCCAGGUGUGCGUCUUUCUGUGGAAGCGGCGGCCAUCGAGGAGGAGCUGGUGAUCAAAUCUGUCUCCGGCAUGGAUUGUGUUCUUCAGUGCACGGCCGUGUACAAGGACGGUGUCCAGUACGGAGCAGUGAGGUGGUACAAGGUCCAGGAGUCUCUGUCGCCUGGUCUCAGCGGCCUCGUGACCCGAAACCUCUCCAGCGGCGAGACCAAGUACUACGUCGGCUUGGACCGGGAGCUGCAGCUUCUAGCCGGGUCGCGCAACAUCUUCAUGCCCAACGUGACGUGCGACGACGCCGGCGUGUACGAGUGUCACCUGGCGGCGCCGGUCGGAGAGCAGAACAGGGAGGGGCGGGUCCUCCUCACUGUGACAGAUUGUCCCGUCAGUCUAAAGGAAAAUCUGAUGACAGACACUUUCGCUGUUAUUUGUGCCACGGCAGUGCUGAUGCUCGCACUUGUAAUAUUCCUCAUAAGCUACCGCAGUCUAAAGAACGUCCUCCGAGACAGAAAAAGCAUGAGUUCGGGCUCGUCCCCGAGAAAGCUGGACGAAAGGGACAUGAUGAUCUACACUUCCGGGAAGCCCGUGUAUGUUUGACCCACCACCCGGAGGACUCGUCCGUCACGACGCGCAGCGCACGUGUCGUCAGCCGGCACUGCUUUGCUGUGAUGACUUGACUACUUUCAUUUCGCGGAUCAGAGUAUCCACCUUCUGUUGCAUCCCCGAAAAUCACCAAGGACGCUGACGGGGAGUCCGUUUGUUCAGGAUGGAUCUCCCUACUGGACCUGGGCUUCGACCCCGGCCCACCGCAGCUGGAGGCGCACCUGAAUGAGAGGAUUUCCUGCGGCGCAAACGUAGGAUUUUAGCACUUUUGGUCGAACAAAACAACUCACCGAAGUGAGGAUGGGCACCUCCUCCUCGAUCUGAUCGCUCAGUCUGAACAUACUGUUGGUUGAGACUUUAUUGUACAUCUCAUAAAAUAUAAUUUUGUUCUCACACAACUUAGAACACCUCAGACUGUCACUGUGACACUCGUGGAAAACAGCAGGUUAAAAAACCUUUUGCCUGACGUGAGGUCCAAAACCUCGGUGCCCUUUGAAAAGAAGAAGUGAGAAACGCCGCCUCCGCCAUGCUUUGUUAUUUUACACGGGGGAAAUCCCAUGAUGCCACGUCAUUCUGGUCUUUUCAUUUAAAUUGUCGUGAGUCAUUUCUAUGGUGGAACUAGAAUGACAGAGAGUCGGGCGCAUGCAACGGCCAAAAGUUCCCUUAUGAAACCACAUUCAAAGCAGAUUUAAAUGCGGACAGGGGUGAAAACAUAAGUAAUAAAUAACCUGUACUAAGCAAUUUUUUGCUUUUGUUGUCAAAUGUUGCUGUUCGUUCUUGUAUGUUAUUUGGUUCAAUGUGAGAGGAUUUUAUCUUCAGAACACGAAACACAAGUUUCUUGAGUUUUGUUAUUUCUCUGAUCUGUUGCUGCGGCCUGGGAUUGAAAGCUCAAAAAACCAAUUCACCCUUAAUCCUGCAUGCUCAUGAAACAUGAUGAUGGUAAAAGGUUUUUUCAUUGAUGUCAUCACAAUUCAUGCUCUGAAUAUUAGAGCCCGACCAAUAAAUUGGUUUAUGGGCCAAAUGAUAUGAGCCUUUGAAAGUGCUUGUAUGUUUUUACAUUUUAGGUCAAAUAAAUGUUUAUUUUCUAAAUUCAA